CGCCUCCCAAGUAACGGGAUAUAUAGCACUGCCAAGCUUUGAAAGCGUCGUGUUUGUUGUUUGCGAGCGCGCGUGUUCGUGCGAGUGUGAGUGUGAGUGUGCUGCUGCUGUUGUUCUUGUUGUUGCGGCGCAACAACGCGCAACGAAAGCGAAAGUUUUGUUUGGCGCGCGUGUUGCCAUUGCCGUCGACGUCGACGUCGACGUCGCAGUCAACGUUCCUCGGCGUCUAUGAAUUUGCACACACACCUCUACCCAGCUCUAGUCCGUGCUCGUGCACAUCCCACCUAGAAUAGAUUAAAAGCGUGUGAAAACAACAACGAAAGCGCGCCAGGGGCAGAGAGAGACAGAUAGAGAGCGAGAAAUAUGCUCAUUAUUUUCAAUGAGGGUGCAAUAAAUUAAAAGAAGCGUGUUUAUGCUGCCAUUCUGAUCUGUUUCUGUGUCUGUGUCUUUGUGCGUGUGUUUGAGUGCGCUCCCAAAAAGAGUUUAGCCAACCGGAAGACAACAAACCAACAAAUCAACAUCCCCAUCAUUCCUACCGCAUUUCCUGGAACGCUCACAAGAAGCGUGUUAGCCACCCAAAGGAAUGGCACCCACCAUAUGCUCGGACAAAAAACCGCUGCGAGAUUCGAGGCGACAUCGUGUCGUGGCUACGGCAGCCAUUUCAUCAGCCGCCACCACCGCAUCAUCAUCAUCAACGUCCUCGUCAUCCUUGCCAGCAGCUGCUGCCGCACGAGGCAGCUCAGUGCUUAGCUAUGUAGCCGAGGGUUUAAUGAACUCGGCGGGUCGCCGACGCCUGGUCAGACUGCACCGCCGAAGACUGCCAGUGAUCUCAGGCAGUGCCGCUGUACCGUCGUCCCCACGGAGUGGCACACAGGCGGAGGUCAGCAGGAGAGCGGCAAUACAGACAGAGAUGCAAUCAGCGCGGGGCCAAAUCGAGUCAGCAGAGCACCAGACUGCACAUCCUCUGCAACUGCAACUGCAACAACAGCAACAUUCCAUCAGCGAGUCUAUCAAAACAGUAUUACAGCCUACCAUGGCUAACAGCAGAAACAGCUUCAGUCAUAGAGGAGCACCAACAGCCAGACAUUGUGUAUUAGCUGAGUCAAUGGACGACGAUGGCGACAGUGGCUACGAGUACUCGCAGGAGCCCACCAAGGAGCAGCAGCAUAGCUACCAUCCUCAGAACACCGACGGUCUGCUCUCUAUUGCCAUCAAGACCAUCAAGCUGGUGCAGCGUAACAAGCUGCUGCAGAAGCGUCUGGCACAGCUGCAGCUGGAGACCUCGGAGUUCAUUGCCUCGGUGUUGGCCAAUCCCGAGAAUCGGCAGUACCGCGAGAAGAUCACCACCACCACCGCCCCCCCCAAGACGGAAGCCAAGGUCAGCAACAUGCUGCUGCGCCACUAGACAGGGCCCUUGCCUAACAAUUUUAUUAUUUUUUAUUUUGGUUUGUUUUUUAGAACCCAUGCCCCGUUUUCGGCUGACGCUGGACGCCAAUUGCAAUUUCAUAGGAAUCCAUCUACAUAUCUAUUCUUCCAAGACAAAAUCACAUCCCUAGCAAAGCGCGCAUUGAAUUAUUAUUUUAAUCUAUUAAGGUCCCAACAAGGCCCGUUUUCACAGUCAGCUCAUUACACUGUUUGUUGUUAUCUUGAAGAAUCGAGUGGCUCCACCACCCACUAGCGGAACGGAAUCUAAGAGCGGGCGAAUCUCUUCAAUCUCUUCUCUUCGCGCGCGCUUUUUUGAAAUUUUGUUGUAUUUUCGUAUAUUUUUAAUUUCGUGAUUUUCAACACUGCACUGAAAUUAUGAUCAUUCGUUGCAUACUUUUGGGCGGAUUGAGUUUAAAACACAUUUUGCUGAAUUUGUUUGAAUAUAUUUUUUAAUUAAACAUCUGAUCUGUCAUAAACGCUACUGCCACACUGCAUCUAUAAAAUUUAUCCUAUGGAAUUGCAAUUAGCAAGAUAUCAAUUCGUAUUCCCAAGGGACUUAGUUUUGAGCAAUUCGUACUGAUUAUCUUUAUGAAACCACGCAUCAAAAUCCAAUAUUUUGAGCAUACAAUUAAACAAAAGAUCAACAAAAAAACUACGUCUAACAUAUACAUACAUACAUA